GCAACAUGGUACAAGGGCUCAAUGUACGGUGCCUUCCGAAGGGAAUGUCUGCACGAAGCAGUCAUGGGAAGAGCCCUCGGCCCCAUUCUUGAUCUAAUGCUCAAACCGAAUUAUAUCAGACACCCAGACGAGUUCUUUUUCCCAACUCUCGCUUGCAACAGCCGACUCCGCCUCCCUGGAUCUUGUCUGCAUAGCCCAGCACCGAUGUCUGAGGUAAACCUCAACUACUUGCCAAGUUUGUCAUUUGGAAAGACUACGCCUGUGCCACACCUAUUUGCCAACAAGUUCCACGCUGACUACCAACCAGAGGCAUACGAUGAGAUGGAGGAGUGGUAUUUCCAACGAGUCGCAGCUGAAAUAAAAUCAGGCUCUUAUAAUAGGCGCAUGUUUGAUCCGAACAUUUACGCCGAACGUUUGUGUUCACGAUAUCACAUCUAG